AUGCGUACAUUGACCUCUCACUUUGAUCACAUUAUCAUUGUUAUUCAAGAAUUCAACAAUCUUGAAACAUUUAAAUUAGAAGAUUUGGUUGGUUUGUUAGAGGCACAUGAGAUGAGGAAUGUUGAAACGAAAGGUGUUCAAAAUUCGAUACAAGCUCUACAGGCUCAGAUAUGGAAGAAGCAUGGUGGUUCUAACAACUUCAAGGGCAAAAGAGAUAAGACUCAGAGUAAGAAGUAUUGGUCGAACCCUCAAAAGCAUAAGAUUGAUUAUAGGACUUCUGAAUCCUCGAAAAGAGGACAAGGAAACUCCUAUCAGAAAGACAAAGAGAAAAAAGAUGUGCAAUGCUAUAAUUGUGAAAAAUGGGGUCACUUGACCAAGAAUUGUUGGUAUAAUAAAGAUAUGGUGGUUAUGACUGCAAUUGUAGAUGCCGAUGUCUAUUCCAAGAUAUUGUCCAUCUACUCGGGAUGCUCGAAUCACAUGACUGGUCAAAAAGUAUGGUUAGCAGAUUUCGACUCGUCGAAGAAGAGCAAGGUCAAACUUGCUAAUAAUAGCUCGUUGCAAGCAGAAUGUAACAGUGACAUACUCGUUGAUGAGAACUUUCCCUUUUCGACAUACGUUUCUUAA